UUACCAGCAGGAGAAGUCGAAAUGUCACUUGUCACUAAAAUGCCACCUGCAGACCAAUGGCAUGUGCAAUUAGCACCACCCCCACCAAAUGAGGUGAGGUCUUAAGACAAGGAUAGGAAGCAGUAAGCAAGCUAGGCUUUCACAUUGGCUAAAGAUAGACUUUACUGUGGCUUAGAGUGGCUCUGCCCUGGAGAAAUGUGACCCCCUUACAUGGAUUGCUGGCUUCCUAAGAGUCCCCUCGCCUCCCAGGCUUUGGGAUUGGGGCAGUAGGUUGUGUUUUAUGAUGCCAAGCAGAAACAAAAUGAAGGUGUCUGCUCCUUCGGGAAGACCUGAGCAGCUCUGGGGAGCUGCUGCAAGUUCUCGGAUAUGAAUGCUGUGGCUUGGAGGCUCAGCAACCAUGUGGCAGAUAUAACACUGGCACCUGUGUGCUGGGACAAACAACUUGGCUGAUCCAGCUGUGGGUGAGCCCAUCAGCUCCCUGUGGCAGCAGGAAUUUCUCUGCAAAGGAGAAGGCAGCACAUGUGGUAUUUCCCAAGCCUGUUGGGCUGUGCCACGUUUGCUUACACGCAGCUUUAUAAAGAGCAGGUACAGAAGCUUUCUCUGUUCUUUCCCACGGUUUGGUUCAUUCUCUCUCCUCCAUGUAGCCUUGGCUAUGGCUGGCCUGAAUGUCUCCAUUGCUUUUUUUUUCCUGGUUUUUGGGGUGUGCCAGGCACUCAGGCAGCUUUCCAAGAGGCUUUUGUCUCCUGGAGCAUACAGCUGCCUUGCCAGAGAACUUGCUGGCUCGUUACAGUUGUGCAUGAGCUGCCUUGAACUGAGGAUGCUGAUGGAGAUCGGCCUGUGGGGUGGUGGCUUUGGCCCAGAUGUGGUUCUGACUCUGCUUUUCCUCCUUUUCGCAGUUCACGGUGCCUCUUUUGAUGGAGCAUCUGCCAACCCGACCAUCUCUGUCCAGGAGUUCCUGCUCCUUGAGUCCAGCCUUGCAGCAACUGCUGCCAAGCUGCUGGCCCAAGGUGCGGGCAUGGUCAUGGGCUGGGCUCUCACUAAGCUCUACUGGUCGUGGGAACUGACGCAUUUCCACUUCAUCCAGAACCUGAUAGCAUCAGAGUGCAGCUCCUCCAUCCACACAGCUCUGUACCAUGCUGCCUUUGUGGAAGGCACCUGCGCUUUCUUUUUCCACCUUGUUCUUCUCAAGCUGUGCCAGAGUCACCUGAUGUACCAGGUCCCUGCCCUGGCAGCAACUGUCACCUUCCUGACCUACACAGCUGGACCAUUCACGGGGGCCUUCUUCAACCCUGCCCUGGCCACAGCCACCACCUUCCACUGCUCAGGGAGCACCUUUUGGGACUACAUCCAGGUUUACUGGCUGGGGCCCCUCACAGGGAUGCUCGCUGCACUCAUUCUGCACCAAGGCAACAUCCCACGAUUCUUCCAGAAAAACCUCCUUUACAGGCAGAAGAGCAAAUAUAAGAUACCCAAGGCAAGGGUGGCGGCUCAUGUGGAGGGUGAUGAACGGCGACAGAAGAGGGAAGGGGAGAAGAGCAACUCUGAGCCUUGUGCCUGAGCCACAGACAGGGGCUCGAGGAGGUCCCUGCAGCCCCUCUCCCGAGAGUGGGUUUCUUGGUGUGGAGGAUUUUGCUGCUUAUCUCACCCAGCAUUUGUCCUGCCCGUUUGGUCCCUACCGCAGGAUGAGAUUUUUAUUUUUUUUUAACACAUUGCAAGCUGGUCUUGCAAGAUGUCUGAAUCCCUGAGCUCCUUUGGGAAUAGCUUUGAAAGUCUCCUGGGAGAGCCCAAAAUGUUUCAAGCCUUCAUCAGUGGCUCAGUGUGGGGAAAAAAAACUAAUGCUUUUGCAUAAAUUGCUGGUCAUCUUAUAUUGCCAGGAAACUUACAGAAAGUCAGGACCAUUAUGUGGGUAGGCUUGAGCAACUCCCAGGUUAUUGCAUUGUACAACACUUGAAAUAGUCUGACUGGGUCUCUUACAGCCAUAAAAGCAAAGCAUAAACCAGUAACUGCCUUGUAAACUUAAGGUGAGGAGGAAGCAGGGUUUGAUCUUUUGGGUCACUAAACAGAUAUUUGUCAAAAAUUGGUGUUCUUUGAGUUAAACUGAGGUCGUUGAAUUGCACGGGCUGAACCUGGCAGUUCUUGGAGAGGAAAUUAAAAUUCUCAAGGGAAAGGGAGUUCACUGGCCACAGAAGACCCUGCUGCUCUGUGAAUGCGGUGCUGAGCCUGAGUUUCGUGUGCUGUGAGGCAUCAAUAAACACUGCACAAAGUGUUUGUGGGUAAAAACGAGACCCAGGCAGCUGGUAUGCAGCUGGUGUGGGCGAGGAAGUGAAUCCCAGGGCCCCUCUCUGUGUCUACAUGAAAUAUUCUCAAAGAUAAAAUUACAG